GUGAUUAGUCAGCGAAUUCUGGCCCAUUCCUUCCAAACUCAACAUUAUUAUGAUAGCCCAGUGUCAACAACCAUGUUGCAUCUUUAAUAAGACACUGCGUGUUGUGCCAGAUCAUGCCCGGACAGCAGAAUGCUUUGCUCUUCGUUCAAUAUAUCGCGACUCGCGAUUCCAGCGGUCUGUGUGCUGAUCAGCUUUCUCGCAUAUACGUCGCUGUAUUUCUUUAAAUAUUUCGAGCCAGCGCCGCUAAGGGAACAGGAAGUGUGGCGCAUCAACGCUCUCGCCCUUUGUAUCUGGGUAUGCUACUAUAGAUCAUGCACUGUAGAUCCGGGCCGCACUCCAAGACACUGGAGACCCUUAGACAGCAAGCAAUCGGAAGCGGACCGUGCUAGUGGCCGGCAGCGAUGGUGCCGUCGAUGUGAAGCCUUCAAACCACCACGUGCACACCAUUGUAAGACAUGCCAAAGAUGCAUUCCCAAGAUGGACCAUCAUUGCCCGUGGACAUCAAACUGCGUUUCGCAUUUCACGUUUCCUCAUUUCGUACGCUUCCUGUUCUGGGCAGUCGUGGGCAUGUGUUAUCUCGAAACUCUCUUGUUUGAAAGGGCGUCGAUUGUCUGGGCGUCUAGGAACCUUCCUAGCUACCUUGGCCCCAGUGUCGUGCAGUUAGCUCAUCUGUUUGUUCUCUGUGUUGUAAACAGUCUAACCGUGUUCAUGUUGUUGAUACUUCUGGCGCGGACUCUCUAUUCACUUGGCGUUAACACCACCACCAUCGAGUCAUGGGAAAUUGAGAGACACGCGACAUUGCUGCGACGGGCCCGUCACUACGGUGGGUACUUGGAAGGUCCUGGUGGUGUCCGCGUGCGUAUAAGGAAACAGGAAUUUCCCUAUGACAUUGGAAUCUGGUCAAACAUCAGAGAAGGAAUGGGCGGGAGUGCGAAUGUCUUAAGCUGGUUCUGGCCAUUUGCCAGAACACCAGAUCGUAGUACAGGGCUAGAGUAUGAGGUCAACGGGUUUGAAGAUGCCAAUGUUUCAUGGCCGCCACCGGAUCCAGAUCGUAUUCCCUUACCACCCAAAGACUUCAGGGAUAGCAUUGCCUUGGCGGGUGCCGAAACCUCUGGCUACGAUGUCCAAGCAUUUAAUGACAGAAAAGCCCAAGACCUUAGACGUCAAAGAGCUGGAGUGGAAAUCGAGCGCCGUAAGCGUUUUCAUAAACGGCUGCAGGAAGAUCUAGAGGAGGAUGAGCCGCAGCAAUCUGACAGUGAUCAUGAAAAGGAGUCAAACUAUGGUGAAGAAGGCUGGAGGAAUUCUGAGGGUGAACGGCUACGUGACUUCGGCGUUGAUGAGGACAUUGAAUUCUAUGAUGAAGAAGACAUCCCGCUGGGCGUGUUAAUUCAGCGGAGAGCCCAGGCCGCUCUGAAGGAGUUGAAAUGAUAUGAAUUACCUUGAGGUUUAUGGGAAGUCUUCCCGUUCGCCCGCGUCUCCAAGGGCCUGUGUUGAGCCACGGGAGCAGGUAUAUUACUUAGCGUGGUAUGAGCAGUUAUAUAAACUACAGAUUAGUAUUAAGUAUUCACCCGGUCAA